AUGGUUUCCGUUCAUAGAGCAUCCUUUCUUAAGGGUAUAUUGAUUGGGAGCAUUUCCUGGGCUUUGGCAACUAUGUUUAGCCAAAUCCACAGUCGACACGGAGGUCAAACUCGAGACCACAAACACCAUCACCUUAGGCCACCAAAGGGAAAAGAGUUCUUCAAUAUUUCACAAGUGACACACACAGAACUCAGCAAAAGUAUGAAUGUUUUUUAUGUCAUCCUCGGAGAACCCGAAGAUGAGAGUUAUUGGGCUAUGCUAAGAGAGACUCGGCCCAAAUACAGUGACCAGGCAGAGCUCUAUGGAGCUAAAAGUGAUCAUUCUUCCAAUGUAGACAGAAAUGACAAGUGGAAACAUAUGAGGGAAACUUACAAAGAUGUCUUUGAAAGAUCUGGCAACAACUUCAAGUGGUAUCUGACACUUCCUACCAUGUUUGCCGUCAUUGAAAAUUUAAAGUCUCUGCUGACAAAGACCGCAUCACAACCUUUCUAUCUGGGCCACACCGUUACAUCUGGAGACUCUGCAAGUGCAGAGUCACUGAGGAGAUCUCACAGGCUUCUCAAUAAGUAUGAAUUGUGUGCAAGUCAAAGUGUGAUUUGGAAUUUAUCAUUUGAUAAGCAGCUAGCAAUCUUCCUGAAAUAUGCCGGCAUUUUUGCAGAAAAUGCAGAGGAUUAUGAAGGAAAAAAUGUAUUUAACAAACCAAUUUUAGAUCUUAUUCAAAAGGCAAUGCUUAGUAACCCUCAGCAAAUUGUUAAAGGCUGCUGUUCUGAUGUAGCUGUUACUUUUAAUGGACUGACACUCCAAAAAAUGGAACUAAUGAUGUAUGGCGUCUACCAGCUGAGGGCAUUUGGACAUCAUUUCAAUGACACACUGGUUUUCUUGCCUCCAAAUGGUUUGGAAAAUGAUUGA